AUGUGCCGCUGGUCCCUGCUGUUCCUGUGGGGUCUGCUCCCCGGCAGCGCCCCGGGGGGAACCGGUCGCAGCUACCCACACCGCGCUCUCCUGGAUUGGGAGGGCAAGUACUGGCUGCAUUGGGGUCACGAGGGCAGCACCCUUGCCUUUCGCCUGGAGGUGCAGACCGCUGGCUAUGUAGGCUUGGGCUUCUCUCCCACCGGAGCGAUGACUUCAGCGGACAUCGUCUUGGGAGGGGUGGAGAACGGCAGUCCCUAUCUGCAGGAUUAUUUUACAGAUAUAAAUAGAGAAUUGAAGAAGGAUCCCCAACAGGACUACCAUCUAGAAUAUGCCAUGCAAAAUAGUACACACACCGUAAUUGAAUUUACCAGAGAGCUACAUACUUGUGACAUAAAUGAUAAAACCAUAACGGAAAGCACAGUGAGAGUGAUAUGGGCCUAUCACCACGAAGACAUUGGUGAAACAGGUCCUAAAUACCAUGGAUCUAAUCGGGGAACCAAGAGUCUGAAAUUGUUGAAUCCAGAGAAAACCAACGUUUUGUCCACAGUCUUAUCAUACUUUGACUUGAGAAAUAAAAACGUGCCAAUUCCAAAUAAAGGCACGACAUAUUGGUGCCAAAUGUUUAAGAUACCCGUGUUCCAGGAAAAGCAUCAUGUGAUAAAGGUUGAACCAGUAAUACAGAAAGGCCAUGAGAGCCUAAUACACCACAUUCUCCUCUACCACUGCAGUAACAAUUUUAACGAGAGUGUUUUGGAUUAUGGCCAUGAAUGUUAUCACCCCAACAUGCCAGAUGCUUUCCUGACCUGUGAGACUGUGGUCUUUGCUUGGGCCAUUGGUGGAGAGGGAUUUUCAUAUCCUCCUCAUGUUGGCUUGUCCCUGGGUACACCAUUAGAUCCCAACUACGUUCUUCUGGAAGUUCAUUAUGAUAACCCAACAUAUCAGGAAGGCUUGAUAGAUAGCUCUGGACUGAGGUUCUUUCAUACCACUGUUUUAAGGAAAUACGAUGCUGGGAUAAUUGAAGCAGGUCUCUGGGUCAGUCUCUUCCAUAACAUCCCACCAGGAAUGCCUGAAUUCAGAUCAGAGGGUCAUUGCACUCUGGAAUGCCUUGAAGAGGCCCUAGAGGCUGAAAAACCAAGUGGAAUUCAUGUAUUUGCUGUUCUUCUCCAUGCCCAUCUCGCUGGCAGGGGCAUCAGGAUGCGCCAUUUCCGUAAAGGGGAGGAACUGAAGCUACUUGCUUAUGAUGAUAACUUUGAUUUCAAUUUCCAGGAGUUUCAGUAUCUAAAGGAAGAAAGAACCAUCUUGCCGGGGGACAACUUAAUCACAGAAUGCUGCUAUAACACUAGAGAUCGCGUACGCAUGACAUGGGGUGGACUAAGCACCAGAAGUGAAAUGUGCCUCUCAUAUCUACUCUACUAUCCAAGAAUCAAUCUUACUCGAUGUGCAAGUAUUCCAGACAUUAUGGAACAACUUCAGUUCAUUGGUGUUAAGGAGAUCUACAGGCCAGUCACGACUUGGCCUUUCAUUAUCAAGAGUCCUAAGCAAUAUAAAAACUUAUCUUUCAUGGAUGCAAUGAACAAGUUUAAAUGGUCCAAAAAAGAUGGCGUCUCCUUCAACAAACUUGUUCUUGGGCUGCCUGUGAAUGUGAGAUGUUCCAAGACAGAUAAUGCGGAGUGGUCGAUUCAAGGAAUGACAGCAUUACCUCCAGAAGUUGAAAGACCAUAUAAACCAGAGCCAUUUGUGUGUGGAUCUUCCUCCUCUUCUUCCUUGUUCUUUCAGUUUACCUUACUAUUAUUAUUAUUAUUAUUACUACUAUCCUGUCUUUCUCUUUCAACUGUUAUGGUAGAAGUAGGAGAAGAUGUCACUGGAACAUCCUCCAGCAUUCCUGUGGCCCUGGACCGGUGGCUGGCUGAAUGUCAGUCAAUAGAAUCAGGCUAUUCACAGCCAAUAAAGAUGUCAGCUCAGCUAGCAGAUGACAUUAAUGUCCCCCAUAAUUAUUCUUUUCAAUUCCUGCAAAUGGCCCUGGGUAUCCUUAUAAUAGAAAGGGCCCGAGAGAAAUAG